AGCUUUCUCACCUUCCGCCAACAGGACCUCUUUGUCUCUCUUUUCUCUCAUUCUCUUUCUCUUCUCGCCUCUCUUGCAGAGAAGAGAAAUUACAAAAUAAUUAUCUUUCUCCUCUUCAGAAUCAGAUAGUUUUCCUCAAUUCCAGCUCUGGGAUUGAAACUAAAAUAUUUAUCAUUAAGUUUGUGUUAAUUAACAUUAUACCAGAUGCUGCUUGGGAAAUUUUUUCCCAUGAAGUUUUCUAUGUAACUUGUUCUGCAAAAUGUUUGAUUGUGGUUACAAGUCACAAUACAUUGGUGGCGAGAAAGAGAAAUUUGUAAGAUUGGACGAUUUGGACUCUACAUUAUCUUUGAAUACUAAAACAAGUAGCAAAAUGAAGAAAGUCAUGUUUAAUUUAAAUGGAAUUUUUCCUAAAGGAAAAGUAAGGAAGAAUUCAUCAAAAUCUUUGAAAAUUGGAAUGAAAAAGGGAUCAGAAGGACUCAUAACACUUGGUCGAACGCUACGAACUGAAGUAUCUCGAGCAGUAUUUCCUGAGGAUCUUAAAGUAUCAGAGAAAAAGAUUUUUGAUCCUCAGGAUAAAUCUCUGCUGUUAUGGAAUAGGCUUUUUGUCAUUUCCUGCAUUCUUGCAGUAUCUGUUGAUCCUUUGUUUUUCUAUUUGCCUGUGUUUAAUUAUAAAAUGGUGUGUCUUGGUAUGGAUACAAAUUUAGCAGCAACAAUAACAGCUGCACGGACUAUACUUGAUGCUUUCUUUCUGCUUCGAAUGGCUCUCCAAUUCCGGACAGCCUAUGUUGCACCAUCAUCACGAGUGUUCGGACGAGGUGAACUUGUUAUAGAUCCUGCACAGAUCGCUGCCCGAUAUUUAGGUCGUUACUUCAUUGUCGAUUUUCUUUCCGUUCUACCUUUACCACAGGUGGUGGUGUGGAAAUAUCUUACUAAUAAGAAAAAAGGUUCAGAGGUGUUGGCUACUAAACAAGCAUUGUUAGUACUUGUCUUUAUGCAAUACAUCCCGAGAUUCGUCCGGUUUGUUCCUUUAACUUCAGACCUGAAAAAGACUGCGGGUGCUUUCGCCGAAAGUGCUUGGGCUGGUGCUGCAUACUAUUUGCUGUGGUACAUGCUUGCUAGUCAUAUUGCUGGGGCUUUCUGGUACUUACUGGCAGUUGAACGCAAAGACGCCUGCUGGCAGAACGCUUGCCUUCUAAGCGGGAAAUGUGAUAUAAGUUUCCUGUACUGUGGCAAUAAAGUCUUGCCAGGUUUCCACGAAUGGCGGAGGGUCAGCGAAAAGGUUCUUAGUAGCAACUGCAGUGUUGAUGAAGAUGGUAACUCGAUAUUUAAUUAUGGAAUCUAUACACAGGCUAUGCAAUCAGAUAUUGUUGGAUCCAGGGUAUUCAUGUCUAAAUUCUUUUACUGCUUAUGGUGGGGCUUGCAAAACUUGAGUACACUUGGUCAGGGUCUUGCAACCAGCACUUACCCUUAUGAGGUUCUAUUUUCCAUUGCCAUAGCUAUUUCAGGACUUAUUCUCUUUGCACUUCUGAUUGGAAAUAUGCAGACCUACCUUCAGUCUAUAACAAUUCGUCUAGAGGAAAUGAGGAUUAAAAGGCGUGAUUCGGAGCAAUGGAUGCACCAUCGCUUACUUCCACAGGAUCUUAGGGAGCGAGUUAGACGCUAUGAUCAAUACAAAUGGUUAGAAACUCGGGGAGUGGACGAAGAGAGUAUAGUGCAGAGUCUACCAAAAGAUCUCAGGAGAGAUAUAAAGAGGCAUCUUUGUUUGAAUUUGGUCAGAAGGGUGCCUCUGUUUGCCAAUAUGGAUGAAAGGUUGUUAGAUGCUAUCUGUGAACGAUUAAAGCCAAGUUUAUACACCGAGCAUACUUACAUAGUCCGCGAAGGGGAUCCUGUCGAUGAGAUGCUGUUCAUAAUUCGGGGCCGGCUAGAAAGUGUAACUACAGAUGGAGGAAGGAGUGGAUUUUUCAACAGAGGGUACUUGAAAGAAGGAGACUUUUGUGGUGAAGAGCUUUUAACUUGGGCAUUAGACCCUAAAGCUGGGGCUAGCUUACCAUCAUCUACUAGGACAGUUAGAGCCUUAACCGAGGUAGAAGCAUUUGCUUUAGAAGCUGAAGAGCUGAAGUUCGUUGCAAGUCAGUUUAGGCGUCUUCAUAGCAGGCAGGUGCAGCAUACUUUCCGUUUCUACUCACAGCAAUGGAGGACUUGGGCUGCUCGCUUAAUCCAAGCUUCUUGGAGACGGUAUGCCAGGAGGAAAGCUGCAGAGCUUCGUAUGCUAGAAGAAGCAGAAUACGAAGAUGAAUAUCGAUCUGAUAGUUUUUCCAGGCUAGGCGCAACAAUCCUUGCGUCUCGAUUUGCAGCCAAUGCUCUUCGUGCACAUAGGCUUCGCAGCAGCAAUACUGAUACUGGCUUGCUGCAACUGCAGAAGCCCAGAGAACCCGACUUUAGUGCAGAGUAAGUAGAGUGUAUUAUUAUGAAUGAAACUAACUAGAUGAUUUUGCUUGCAUACUAAAGCUGUAUAUGCACUAUAUGUUGUCACGUGUAAAAAAUUGUAUAUUCUCAAUUUCUAUUUAACCCAUUGGAUAUCAUAAAAGGUGACAAAGAAUAUAUGCCUGUGUGAUAAUGUAGAGAAUGUUUAAUUUGCAAAGAUUAAUGAAUUUCAAGCACAAA